AUGUAAUAAUAAUAAAAACAAGCAAUUCAAGAAAGACGUAGAAGAAGUGGAGCUUUGCAUGCUUAAACCUGUGAAGAAUAUUUAAAAGUACUAACAACCAUAAAAUAUAAUACAGAAAUAUGAUCAAAUUGGACAAAUUAAAAUAAGGGAAAGCUAAAGAAAAAAAAGUUUGUCGGAAUCAGCCUUUCUUAAUUUUGAUUUCAUACCAGCUGAUGAAGGAGUUGAAGAUAUUACUUAAUUGAAGAUCUUCAUCUACUCUCCCAAGGUAAAACUCAACGAAUAAGAAUUCUUGCAAUUAUUGAAACGAGUCAGAAAUCGCUCUAUCACAACUGACAACAUUUCCAAAAAAUCCUUUACUUUCGACUUUGACUUCUUCUAUAAAGAGUAUGAAGUAAACGAAACCCAAUUUGGCUUGCAUUUUUGGAUACAAAACAACAUCAAACAUCAGCAUUCCUAAUUCUUUCGAGGUAAUUAAAUUUUAUUUACAAUUAUUUUAGAAUGCUAUUAUAAACUCUUUAAUGCAGCUAUUCUGUUGUAGAGAGAUACAGCUAUUGAAUAAUAGAUCAGAGAUGUGAACCCCAAUUGCAUGAUAAAGGUCUUCCCCUUAGUAAGAAAAUAAUAUAUUUUAGAUGGACGAGUUGCUAAUUGAAUCGUUGCAAUCUAUCAUUGCUGAAGUAAAAUAUAUAACAAAUAUGAAAGAUAUGC